UGUGUUUCGUGUACAUAAACGUUUUUUGACGUUGACUUCGAAUUUAAAAGAAGUAAAAAGUGCCAAGGAAUGUGGGCAGGUGUGACGCUAUUAUUUAUUUACAAAUUUAUUGAUGAAAAAUAAUAAUUUUUAAAUAGUGAAGUGAAAAGUUAAGUUUUGCUUGAUAAGAGAUUGUGAGAAUUUAUCGCAACAAUGUCUUUACAUGGUGGAUUAGGAGAGUGUAUUGAGGACUAUGAAGUACUUCAUCUACUUGGCAAAGGCGGCUUCGCAAGUGUUUAUAAGGCGCGUUGUACGCGUACAAAUCAAAUUGUGGCUAUUAAAAUGAUUGACAAACAGCUUAUACAGCGUGCUGGUUUGGCCAACAGAGUACGACAAGAAGUUGAAAUACAUUCGCGUCUAAAACACCCGUCUGUGUUGGAGUUGUACACAUUUUUUCAAGAUGUUAACUACGUAUAUCUGGUGCUAGAGCUGGCGCAUAAUGGUGAGCUACAUCGAUAUAUGAAACAACAGAUGGGGCGAGCAAUGGCUGAAGAUGAGGCAGCUAACAUACUGAGGCAGGUCGUAUCGGGAUUACUGUACUUACAUUCACAUCAGAUAAUGCACCGCGACAUAUCACUUUCAAACUUGUUACUUAGCAAAGAUAUGCAUGUGAAGAUUGCUGAUUUCGGACUAGCAACUCAGUUAAAGCGGCCUGAUGAAAAGCACAUGACUAUGUGUGGCACACCAAAUUACAUAUCACCAGAAGUGGUGACAAGAGCUACCCAUGGCUUACCGGCUGAUGUUUGGGGUCUUGGUUGUAUGUUCUAUACGCUACUUGUCGGACAUCCACCUUUCGAUACGGAUGCAGUACAGUCGACACUAAAUAAAGUAGUCAAAUCCGAUUUUCAAAUACCACAACAUCUUUCGUACGAUGCACAAGAUUUAAUUGAACGUUUACUAAAAAAGAAUCCAAAUGAACGCAUAACCUUAGAACAAGUGCUGCAACAUCCAUUCAUGCUACGUCAUGAACCAAGUUGUGUCACAGCUGCAGGUUCAGCUGAUACGUGCAACAACAACAUGGACAUUAACGAGUGUAUGCAAAAUCAUAAACAAAAAUAUCAACAACAACAACAAAGUGGCUCAAGCUGUGACAGUGGCAUUAUAACAUUUGCCAGCAGCAACUCUAGUUCAUCGCGUACUGCUGCACUACAACGUUCACGUUCAAUGGAAAAAUAUCCAAUGCGCGGCGGCGCUACACUGGAGCGCAUACAUGAGCAUCAACACAACCAAGUUGACUUCGCACCAUUGAAGGCAGCACAUUCAUAUAAUUCUUUUGCCAAUGAGUAUACGGAAACAAAUCAACAACGUCCCUUCCAUGCAUCAACGCCGCAGAGUAACAGCAUGGACAUUGAGUGGCAAUCGAAUGGCUCAACUAAAUACAAUAGUGUAGCAACAACACCACACUAUGUAGCUGAAAACCGUUUCCCACUUCCGAAACCAUGUGUUGAAAAUAUUGAAAAUAAUUUUCUGUCUACUCACACCGAUUACUUGCCGCUUAAACCACAACAUACGGAGGGACUAAAGCAAAUGGUACAUGUGGCAAAUAGUGUACCGCCACAGGCACAAAAAAGCAACACAGAACGUUUAAGCGUGUCACCAUUAAACACUGAUCGCCUUUUGCCUACACGUUAUAAAACCAAAAAUGCUAUAAUGAGCAUUUUAACCGAUGGCGUGGUGGCAUUGGAAUUCAUAAAAUAUAAAAGUCGUUUACGUGAAGAUCGCAUAACCGAUAUAUAUUGGUUUUCAAAAGAUGGCAUGCGCAUUACCAUUUACCAGCCAGAUCCAGGACGUGGCCUACCUAUAAGCGAGGAAUCGCCACCAUUGCCAGCAGAUAGUGCAGCCGCCAAUCUGACUGUUUACUCAUAUAAUAAUUUACCCAGCAAACAUUGGAAGAAAUACAUUUACGCCUCACGUUUCGUCAACUUGGUGAAAGCCAAAACACCCAAAGUGACAUACUUUAGCGCACAAGCCAAGUGUCAGCUCAUGGAAAGUAUGGAUGACUUCGAGGUGUUCUUCUAUAAUGGCGCAAAAGUAAUUAAAGCGCCCAAUGAUGAUAUGCGUGUCUACGAUAAGCACGGACGUUUGUUAAAGGAGCAUGCGGAGCUUACGGCGCGUAACUUACUGCAACAUCAAGAGGAGUGCUUAAAGCACUGUUUGGCUAUAUGCAGUGCGCUACAGCUGGCGCAGACAAGCGGUAAUUGCUGCUUCCCAGCUGUGGUGGGCCGACGACCCAGUGAUAUGGAUGUGGUGCAGGGACAAUGCAUUACAACAGCAAUGCGCGACACAACCAAUUUCAUUUAUUUAACACCCAAAACGCAACAGGAAAGUACGAACUUUUCAACUGGCACCACAUCUUCCGGAUUUCGUAGUGGCACAAAUUUCAGCAACUCCUCGUCGCAGCAGUCCAUCGGUUUGCAACAGCAACAACAAAUAAUGGCAGCACAGCCCAAUGUACCGAUACGAAGACUGAACAUACCUGGCAUCGGUAUUGCCACCGAACUCUCACAUGGCAUUGUCCAAGUGCAAUUCCCAGACGGUUCGCAUGUGUCAGUGAUACCCGCCAAACAAGGUGGCGGUAUUACAUAUACACAGUCAAACGGUUCGUCCACCCACUUUAGUCCACAAGACGAUCUACCCAUUGUGGUAAGAGAAAAAUUGGCGCAAUUGCCACAGGUGGAGCGGCAAUUAAAGCAAGCGCCGCUUUUGCGCACAAACGGACAUUUUGCGCAAUCUAAACAGCAGCAGCAGCAGCCUCAUAGUGGUCAAUAUGCCGCGUAUGAAAGAAUGCAAAUGUUGAGUACACCGCGCUCGACAAACACCGCAGGUGCUGCAACGCAACAACAACAUGCUAUGAAAUAUUUCCGUUAAACUCUUUGAAUUGCGGAAACUGUGAGUUGAACGAAGCAGUUUCUUAUUCAAAAAAAUAUAUAUUUUAUUUGUAAAUUGUUUUUUACAAACAAAAAUUAUUUUUUGUAAAAACCGUUAUUUCUAUUGUUCAUACUUGAAUGCAAUAAAUAUCUGUAUAUUUAGUAUAUUUGAAUUGAAUUAAAACAUAAAAUAUAUACAUGCAUAUAUGAAAUGUGCGUUUGUGUGCUUCUGUAUGCGUUGCACAACAAUAAAGUCCCAGUUGUUUUUGCUGCGAAGUAGAAGAAGAAAAAUGCGUAUUAACUAAGGUAUUAUUUAGGAAAGCACAAAAUAUCGAGUUAUUUGUAAAAUGGCUUGUACAAAUUAGUAAUAAGUAAGUAUGAAGCUCGAAAGCUUCUAUAUGACUUGACAAUGCUUAGCUUAGCAGCUAACUAUACAUACAUAAGUAGUUUAAGCAAUACAUAGAAAUAGAAAUAGAAACUAGUUUGUAUUGUUUAUUCAUAGUUUUAGUUUAUUGCAAGUAAUUAUUUUACAUUAUUUUUCACUUAAAUUAAAUAUGCGCAUACAUACAAAUACAUUUUUUGAAUUUUUGCUUAUUUUUUACUCAUUUUUUGUCCACAUUGUUUUAACUGUUAAAUUAGAUUUAGCAAGUUUUAACUAUAUGCACUUAAAUUAAUACUACUUGUGGUCGGAAAAGUUACUGA